CUCAAAAACACAGAAAGACAAGAAACAAAAUGGAUGUUUUAUUAUCCUUAAACUCAAGCUCAAGCUUAAUCAACAUUUCAAAGCCAUACAAACAUCAUCAUAGCCUUCCACUUUCAUAUAAUCAUCAAAGACAAUCUCGUACGGUUCACUUUUCUGUCUCAUGCAAAGCCACAAAAAGUAUUCCAAUAAAUCAUAAGCUAGAUGAUGGAAACUUGUACAAUAUACUAUCUCUAAGUCCUAAAAGUGCAACAACAGAUGAGAUAAAGAGAGCUUAUAGAAGAAUGGCACUUCAGUAUCAUCCUGAUGUUUGUCAUGAUGGUUUGAAGAAAGAGGAAUCAACUAGGAUGUUUGUAAAACUGAAUGAAGCUUAUACGAUAUUGUCGAAUCCAAAGCUUAAAGAAGAGUAUGAUUGUAAGUUAUUGGGUUUGGAUGAUUUGAGAAGAAGUAGGUGGAUGGAACAAGUUGUCGAUUUGAGUAUAAGAUCUCAUACAGGUAAGGGUGGUGCAUCAUCAUGGGGUAGUAGAAUGAGAUCCAAGAACAAUAUGAAUAAAGUUCAUCAAAAUUGCUAGUUUUGCAAUUAGCUUUAUGUUUAUGUAAGUAUUUUGUUGUACACUUUUCAUGAAUAGUGUUGUUUAAACACUCAUAAUUUGACCGUGUAUAAAAAUAAAUUACUUAUAUCUAUUGAUUGAAAAUAUAGAAGUUCACCAUAAA